GGCAGCUGCCAGAUGCGUCGCGCUGCAGUGCUCUCUUCUGACUAUGACUCGCUUCCUAGCCCCUUGACUUCGCGAAACUUGAGACCUCGCUCCGUGCGGUCCACUACUGCAUCAGUGGGAAAUAACGACCUCCGUGCACCCACAAAGACUUCUUUGGCGAACGUUGUCGAGAUGGACGCAGAUUCAUCGACUGGACCAUCGACAAGGGCCCGAGUGAAACGAGAGCGGUCCGGGUCGCCUUCACGGUCAGGGCGCAAACGUGUCAAGCGAGAAGUCGAGGGUGAAACCAAGGAAGAGCCGACCAAAGGUAGCUCCACUCGAGCUCGAGCGAAACGCGCACAAUCAGCUGAAACAGAAGAAAACCUCCCGUCCCCUACCCUAAUCGAUUCUGCUGGAUCGUCGCGCUCCGCGCCUUCAGAUGUGUCGGCGGGUACACAUGAGCCCUCUGGAAUACUGCUUCCGAGUAGCGUCGACACCGAAACAUCCUCCGUCCUUGCAAACCGCACCGCCACUCCCAAAGCGCCUUCUCCGUCCUCUGCCAAAGCACAUGCCACCGGCGAACCACUCGCCGCCUACACUUGCCCCAUUUGCUUCUUUCCACCGACUAACGCGACGCUCACUCCGUGCGGGCAUGUUUGUUGUGGCUCUUGCCUCUUCACUGCAGUCAAGACAAUGGCUUCGCGCGCUGCGGUAUUGCCAGGCAUAGAUGCCGCCAGACACUCCCCGUUCCCUUUCGGCUGCUUUCACGCUCUCCGUGACGCCUUCAUUCAAGUAACGCCUCGGAGCUCGACUGGAGAAGAGUUCAUGUCGGGGCACGGCUAUGCGUACAGUCGCGUGGCCGAAUCCGUCGACGACGGAAAUGCACGCCUUACAGCGUCACGCACCCAAGUACACCGAUCGUAUCUGGGUCUCGCUGGGAUGCGGUUAGUGGGAUGGAUAACGGUCGCGUGUACCGCUGCUAUGGUCUUGUUUGGUGCUGUGCAAGGCUACGACCAGGGUGUAUUUGGAGGAAUCAUUAUCACACCCAACUUUCUAGAGACAAUGGGCAAUCCGAGUGCCAGUAUGCAAGGAACGAUAGUUGCUAUAUAUGACGUGGGAUGUCUAUGCGGUGCACUCGCUGCCAUGGCUUCCGAAGGUGAUCGACUUGGACGGAAGAGAACGUUUUUAUGGGGGGUCGCCAUCAUGUCGAUUGGUGCUCUCAUGCAAGCCUGCGCAUACAGCGUCCCUCAAAUGAUCAUUGCUCGGUUGAUAACAGGUGUAGGAAAUGGCAUCAAUACUGCUAUUGCCCCUGUCUGGCAGAGCGAAACAUCCCAGCCGGCGUGGAGGGGGAAAAUCCUGGUUUUCGAGAUGGUCAUGAACAUUGCGGGUUUCUCGCUGAGUAAUUGGAUGACCUACGGCUUCAGCUACGUUUCAGGCAGUGCAUCCUGGCGCUUCCCGAUUGCUUUCCAGCUCGUUUUCUCUGUCAUCCUUUUUGGAACAAUCCCGUGGUUACCUGAGAGCCCUCGGUGGCUACUGAUGACGGGAAAAGAGGCGGAAGGCGCAGACGUUCUCGCUGCACUACACGGCGACGGCACGACUGCAUCUGACGACGUGAUUGUCAAAGAGAAAACGGAAAUUUUAGAAGGGCUCGCAAUGGAGAACGAUGUCGCAGUGAGCUGGAUCGAUAUCAUUAGUAUGAGAUCAGGUGACAGUGGUAUGGCUCAACGAUUGCUACUUGGAGCAGGCGCGCAAUUGAUGCAGCAAUUGGUCGGUAUCAAUGUCACCAGCUACUAUCUUCCUUUGGUUCUCCAGAACUCUGUAGGACUAUCGAACACGAUGUCGCGCUUCCUCGCAGCUUGCAAUUCUGUUUCAUAUCUCGUGUUUGCGUUCGCUGGCAUAGUUCUCAUUGAACGUGCUGGACGGAGAAUGCUGAUGAUCUGGGGGGCAGCGGGACAAGCAGUGUGCUAUGCAUUCAUCUCCCGACUUCUUUCGAAGGCCGACGACCCUGUCAAUGGUGCAAGAUAUGGGAUCGGCGCGACGGUGUUCUUCUUCGUGUACUAUAUUUUCUUUGGCAUCUGUUGGCAGGGUGUUCCAUGGCUGUACCCCGUUGAAAUCAACAGUUUGGCAAUGCGGAACAAAGGAGCCGCUCUAGCUACUGCUGCGAACUGGCUCAGUAACUACUUAAUUGUGGAGAUCACGCCCGUCGGAAUCUCCCACAUGGGAUGGAAAUUCUAUUUGAUCUGGAUGAUGUUCAAUGCCCUCUUCGUGCCGUUGAUCUGGUUAUUUUAUCCUGAAACUGCAAAUAGACAUCUAGAAGACAUCGAUCGCCUAUAUCGUGAACACCCUCGAAUGGUGCUCGUCUAUAGGAAUAAGGAAGCCAUUCAGCUUUCGCGUCCGCAGAGGUUCGUGGACCUGCAAGCGGUUCAGAGCGAUGAUGAAGAGCUCAUGCCACCGGCAAACAAUCGUUACCAGGAGAGAGCUGGGGAAGAUGGAAUAUCGGACACAUAUCAUUAAGAACUGUUCGAAGUCCUUUAAUUAGAGAUGAGGGAUAUUUUGUGCAUUUUUGUGAGAUUUAUUCAAUUCGUCACAUAAUAAUAUUUCGUCCCAGCGUGCGCAUCUGACGUGGC